UCAAACUUGUUAACAUUUUCUAUAACGUUUCCAAAUACAACAAACACGGAUUAAUAAAUCGGAUAAUUUGUCCACGCUCACCCGAUCAACAUUGAUUAGUCUAUUGAUCUAGCUAGCUUGCUAACGAGCCUUUAGUAAACACGCUGUCGGCGCGCAAGAUGGCGGUCAGUGCAGAUCAUUUGUUUUGGUAGUUGAAGGAAUUAUUGGAUUUAUUUACCCAAAUAUGACCGUUUGGUAGUUCAUUUCUACGGUGAUAAACCCCGUGUGAAUAUGGUUUAGUUUGUUUACUUUCUGCAAGUUUUCCACCUCCUAAAACUAAGUUUUCGACACAACUAGAUAGCCAGAUAAGCUUGCUAGCUCAAAUACUAGCUUGUAGAACCCACAUGGAAACGACCAGAACCAAAAGGAAAGAAAUGGGGAGAUCGUCAGAUGGACAGUUAACCCCAAAAGAUGGUGUGAUUGAGGGCACUCCUCUUCAGAAUGUAACUGUGAGGGGAGAUACUCCAAUGGGUGAUGAAAAUGUGCCUUCCAUGUCUGAACAGAAGUCCACAGAGUCCCCGGGUUCUGGCUGUGGUGUUCCAGCCCAGAGAAGCUCACAGCAGGGUCCAGAGAUGGUCUCAGUGAAGCUGGAGGACUGCAGUCAAACACUGGAACUCAAUGUGAUUGUCAAAGAGGAAUGGGAGGAGAGAGAAGUCAAAGAGGAGGUGGAGAACAGGGAAGUGUCUGCUCCAGACCAAGAGGAUGAGGAGGAGGAGGAGGCAGCAGUAGAUAGUAUCACUGACCCAGGAGAGAUCUCCAACCCAGGUUCAGACAGUGAGCCCAGUUCCACAGCAUCAGGAAACCAUAAACAACACAGACGGAGGAACUCAAGACAGAAACAUCACCACUGCAUGGACUGCUACACUAGUUUCUAUGAUCCAGAGGAGUUGAGAAGACACACUUGUAGACCCCACCCCUGCUCAGACUGCAGAGACAGUUUUAUUUGUCCAACUCACCUCAUACCACACCAACAGACUCUCAAAACAAAGAAGCCUUACAUGUGUGGUCAAUGUGGCAAGAGAUUUCAGACCCCAGGCACCUUGAAGACACACCAACUUACUCACACAGGAAAGAAGCCUUUCCACUGCUCCCAGUGUGGGAAGACUUUUGAUUCAUCAUUGCAUUUGAAGAGACACCAUAAAAUACACACAGGAGAGAAGCCUCAUCAAUGCUCUGAAUGCGGGAAGAGUUUCAAUCAGUUAUCACAUUUAAAGGCACACCAACAAACUCACACAGGAGAGAAUCUUUUUCACUGCUCUCCGUGUGGGAAGGGUUUCAGUCUGUCAUCUAAUCUGAAGAGGCACCAGCUAAUGCACAAAGAGAAGCCUUACCACUGCUCUCAUUGUAGGAAGAGUUGUAAGUUGGAAGGAAGCCUUCAGAGUCAUCAGAGAAUACACAGUGGAGAGAAGCCCCACUGUUCCCAAAGCUUCAAUCAAGCAGGAGACCUAAAGACACAUCAGAGAGUACACAGUGGCGAGAAGCCCUACCACUGCUCCCAAUGUGGGAAGCGCUUUAGUCGGGCAGGACGGCUAAAUGAACACCAGAAAUAUCACACUGGAGAGAAGCCAUACCGCUGUGAUCAGUAUGGGAAGAGUUUCCAUCAGCCGUCCAUGUCUGAACAGAAGUCCACAGAGUCCCCAGGUUCUGGCUGUGGUGUUCCAGCCCAGAGAAGCUCACAGCAGGGUCCAGAGAUGGUGUCAGUGAAGCUGGAGGACUGCAGUCAAACACUGGAACUUAAUGUGAUUGUCAAAGAGGAAUGGGAGGAGAGCGGAAUCAAGGAGGAGAUAGAAGUAAAAGAGGUAGAUCAGAGAACAGUCAAAGAGGUGAAGGAGAGAGCAGUCAAAGAGGAAGUAGAUAUGGCAGUCAAAGAAGAACAUGGGGAGAGAACAGUCAAAGAAGAAGAGGAGGAGAAUAAUGAAGUGUCUGCUCCAGAUCUAAGGGAAGAGGAGGAGAACAGUGAAGUGUCUGCUCCAGAUCUAAGGGAAGAGGAGGAGAACAGUGAAGUGUCUGCUCCAGAUCUAAGGGAAGAGGAGGAGAACAGUGAAGUGUCUGCUCCAGAUCUAAGGGAAGAGGAGGAGAAUAAUGAAGUGUCUGCUCCAGAUCUAAGGGAAGAGGAGGAGAACAGUGAAGUGUCUGCUCCAGAUCUAAGGGAAGAGGAGGAGAACAGUGAAGUGUCUGCUCCAGAUCUAAGGGAAGAGGAGGAGAACAGUGAAGUGUCUGCUCCAGAUCUAAGGGAAGAGGAGGAGAACAGUGAAGUGUCUGCUCCAGAUCUAAGGGAAGAGGAGGAGAACAGUGAAGUGUCUGCUCCAGAUCUAAGGGAAGAGGAGGAGAACAGUGAAGUGGUAGCGGAGGAGAACAGUGAAGUGUUUGCUCCAGAUCUAAGGGAAGAGGAGGAGAAUAAUGAAGUGUCUGCUCCAGAUCUAAGGGAAGAGGAGGAGAACAGUGAAGUGUCUGCUCCAGAUCUAAGGGAAGAGGAGGAGAACAGUGGUGUCUGCUCAGAUCUAAGGGAAGAGGAGGAGAACAGUGAAGUGUCUGCUCCAGAUCUAAGGGAAGAGGAGGAGAACAGUGAAGUGUCUGCUCCAGAUCUAAGGGAAGAGGAGGAGAACAGUGAAGUGUCUGCUCCAGAUCUAAGGGAAGAGGAGGAGAACAGUGAAGUGUCUGCUCCAGAUCUAAGGGAAGAGGAGGAGAACAGUGAAGUGUCUGCUCCAGAUCUAAGGGAAGAGGAGGAGAACAGUGAAGUGUCUGCUCCAGAUUUAAGGGAAGAGGAGGAGAACAGUGAAGUGUCUGCUCCAGAUCUAAGGGAAGAGGAGGCAACAGUAGAUAGUAUCAGUGACCCAGGAGAGAGCUACAACCCAGGUUCAGACAGUGAGCCCAGUUCCACAGCAUCAGGAAGCCAUAAACAACACAGACAGAGGAACUCAAGACAGAAACAUCACCACUGCAUGGACUGCUUCACUAGUUUCUGUGAUCCAGAGGAGUUGAGAAGGCACACUUGUAGGCCCCACCCCUGCUCAGAUUGCAGAGGCAGCUUUAUUUGUCCAACUCACCACUGCUCCCAGUGUAGUAAGAGGUUCUGUCGUGUAGACGCAUUAAAGUCUCACCGGAGAAUACACACAAGGGAGAAGCCUUUCCACUGCUCCCAUUGUGGGAAGAGCUUCAGUGAUGAAGAAAGUCGAAAUAAACACCAAAGAAUACACACAAGAGAUAAGACUUUCCACUGCUCUGAGUGUGGAAAGAUCUUCAGUAAGGGAGGAAAUCUAAAGGAACAUCAGAGAAUACACACAGGGGAAAAGCCAUACAGCUGUGAUCAGUGUGGGAAGAGUUUCAGUCAAACAGGAGUCCUAAAGAGACACCAGCUAACUCACACAGGAGAAAAGCCUUUCAACUGCUCCCAGUGUGGGAAGGAUUUCAGUCAGUCAUCACUUUUGAAGAGACACCAGCUAACGCACACAGGAAAGAAGCCUCACCACUGCUCUCAUUGUGGAAAGAGCUUCAGUUGGGUAAGAGACCUAAAGAAACAUCAGAAAGUACACAGAGAGGAGAAGCCUUUCCACUGCUCCCAAUGUGGGAAGCGCUUCAAUGAGAAAGGAAAUCUAAAGCAACACCAGAGAAGACACUCAGGAGAGAAACCUUACAGCUGUGAUCAGUCUAAGGGAUGUGUCCAAGCACUCCGCCUUGCGCCUAAGAACAGCCCUUAG